AUGAAGCUGAAGAGAAGUAGGGUAAAGUUCCUUGGGUGGCUGGUGACGAUGUUCUUGAUUGUACCAAGGCGCUGUGCCACUGAAUGGAAGACCGACUGGUCAUCUUCUUGGGCUUUUAAGCGUGGAGAUGAUAAGAGAGGUUCUUGUUGUUCCUCAUCGGGAUUAUCGACGUUCUUACUCAUUUCCGCAGGUGACGGUAACAUCCGUAUGGCCGGUAUAGCAAGCAACAGUAACGAUAUCCCUAGACAGAAUGGGAGUAGUAGUGAUAUUGACAUGGUAACAGAGGCCAAAGCCGGUCCGAGCAGCGCUACAACGUAG